UGGUGCCACCUCCAGCCUAACCUCCUGCAAUCAACACUAACGGUACAGACUUCGCUUACUCACAACCCGCCGGAGCAGCGGAAAUGCUGCGUCCGUGCGACGCCAUCGGGACGCUGUCGGUCCUUCGCCCGGACCGCUGGCACCUCUCGCCUGCGUUCGGCCUCGCGCUGCUGUCCGGCGGCAGCCCGUUCGUCUCGCGGCUCUACGGAUUGGAGCCGCACGCUCCGUCGGACGGAGCGGUGCUCGCCGACGGCUCCAAGUGGCGCGGCACACCGAGUUGCCGGCUCGCCCGGGCGCUCUUCCACCGAGUACAGCCGGACGAGCCGCUUCGACCGACCACGAAUCGGUCGCUUCCCGCGGCGCACCUCUCGCCGUCGCUCGUGGCGCACGUCCUGGCGCUCGCCGACGCAGGCGGCGGCGCCGACGCGGCGACGCACUCGGCGCUCAAGUCUGCGGUGUGCUCCGACACAGGGCUGGCGCUGCCGGCGCUGGCGCGCGAGACCGGCGUCACCAUCGCGCGUUUCGAGCGGCUCGUCGAGGCGGUGCGCGACGCGGACGCCGACGGGUCGGCGUGCAGACAUGGCCCCGCCGAGGGCCUGCCGCGGCGGGGCUCACUGCUUAUGCUGCGGCUGCUGUGGCAGCGCGCCGCCGCCCGCGGCAAGCCGGCGCUGUGGCCGUUCUUCCGCGAGGAGCGGGUGAGCCCGUGCGAGGGUGCGCCGCCGGUGCCUGACUGCGCCGAGCUCGUGCUGCGCGAGCUGCUCAAUGCUCUGCUCUGGUCGGCCGAGGCGCAGGACUUUGACCCGUUCCGGCUCCCUGCCAGCGCGAGCGCCGGCCUCGUCGCGUUCUACUCGCAAGGCGGCGGCGCGCACUCGCCCGCCGCGGCGAGGGAGUGGAUGAGGCUGGUGAGCGGCGACCUCAAGCUCACCCUCGUCCUCUCCUCGGGCCGCAACCACGCUUACGCCAUCCACCACGCCGCGCGCCCCGUGUGGCUGCGCACCGCCGCCGAGGAGGCGUGGAGGCGGUGGGAGCCAGCGCCGCGCGGAGAGCGGCUGCCUCCCGCCGCCCUCCUCGCCGCGGCUCUGCGCACUGCCCUCCUCUCGCCGCUCGCGGAGGCGUCGGCCGACUCGCUCGACCGGCUCGCGCCGCCGCGCAGCCGCGAGGCGCGUGCGGUUCAGAACCGGCGCGCCGAGCUCCGCGCCUCGCUGCUGCUCCUCUGCUCCGACCCGCGCAGCCCGCACGCGCUCGCCGCCUCCGUCUGCCGCCUCCUUUCUCCGCCAAUGGACGACGAGGCCGACGCGACCCUCGCCGCCCGCGUCGUGCGGCAGCCACUUGCGUGCGGCGGCGCGUCGAUGAGCGAUGGCGACGCCCUCGCCCUCGCCCGCGCUCUCCGCCCGAUGGCGCAGCGCGGCGGCCGACACGCGGCCGAGUUGCAUGCGGCCGUCAGUGCCGUGCCGUCGCUCGCCGCUUGCCUGGCUCCGUCGCUGCCGCAGGCGACCGCGUGGAGCGUCUGGUUUGGAGCGCUCCGCGCGAGCGACCCAGCUGUUGCGUUGCGGCUCGGGUUGCGUGGGCUGCUAUUGAGAUGUGAGCAGACGUGA